AAGGAGGAAUGAUAAGAGAAUAAAAUACUAAUACAAAUAUAAAAAAGAAGGAAUACUCCUUUUAUCGAAAACUAAAUAUAUAAAAAAAAUUUAUCUAAAUCUGUCCACAUGUAUCUCCGAGGUGCCUGUGUACCGUGCGUGUGCUACCUUCUAGAGAGCACUAUGAGCUAGGUUUUCCAAAUUAUUUUAUCUAGGCAAAGACAGAUGAGCCAGUUUGCCCAGGGCAUUGGCAGCUAAGUAAUAACAGAGCAGAGCUCACUUUCCAACCGGCGGCUCCCUGCCUUAUAAGGCCCUUAUGCGGAUCACUAUGGUUCACUCAACCGCGAGCAGAGGGGAGUGGUCCCCAAUCACCCCCCGCCCCUCUGCAGCUCAUCUGUUCCUGCCCCUGCCCGCGACGUCCUCCCGCCUGCGCGGACUGUUCGCCCCAUCGCCCAGAAGGGAGCCCAGUGCGGUCAGACGGUCGGCGACAACCCGAGGCCCGGACACCGAAGAGCUAAGCGGAGGUCCAUCCUCAUCGCCUCGCCAGCACGCCUACCGCUCUCGCACAGGCGGGAAACCCGGCACCGGGCCGCAGAGCCGGGGUUGACAGCAUCUGGGCCUGCGGAGGCCUGCCGGGGGCCUGCGGCGCGUCCGCCUAGAUGCCAGCAACGUCGCCGGCCAUUGUAGCAUCUGGGGGCCUUCCGGGGCAGGUCCGCGUCUGGGCCUGCGCGGCGCGGGGCCGGGUUGUGCGGCAAGUCCUGGGCCGUGGCUGGGAGUUGCCGGCUCGGCCCCUGACUUCGGGCAGGGGCGGUCAGGCAGCGCGCCGGGCAGCCCUCGGCCAGAGAUUAUGGCUGCGGCGCUGGGGGCGCGAGGGGCGACGCGGCGUUGGUUCGCGGCGCUGCGGGGCAGGAGCCAGAGCCUCGCGGCCAUGUCAGCAGAUGCUCACUGGUUGACAGCAGAGGAGAGGAACCAAGUUAUACUUGACCUUAAAGCAGCAGGAUGGUCGGAAUUAAGUGAGAGAGAUGCCAUCUACAAAGAGUUCUCGUUCAAAAAUUUUAAUCAGGACCACCAUUCUCUCAAGCACCCAGACAAGAAACUGAAGAAUUAUCUUGGUCAUCAGUCACCAGGAACUGUGUGGAUACUGCCUCUCCAGCAGAAGAGACGGUUGAGAGAGAGAAAAUGGGAAAACCGAAUUCAGUUGGAGGAGAGCUGUCAGGGAAGACCUCUCCAAGGAGCUGAUAAGCUGAUGCAUUUUCUUUUUCUUUUAUUUCCUUUGUCCAUUGAGGCAUUUCAUUUGCACGUGUGUACUACAUCCCUAGGAAAAGGAUCCCAGGAUUUUCUUUCCUGUGUUUUGUUUUGCUGCUUCUUUGUCCAUGAUGCCAGCUGAGGUUGUCAGUAUAAUGAAACCAAAUGGGCAAUCUGCCAUUUUUUUAGAUCUUUGAGUUGCACAUCAAAUCUGGGACUGAUCACUACACACUUGUUUAACCUGCCCAUGAGGUUCACAACAAUUUUCCCAGCUCUGUGGUCAUCAGUGAUUUCAAAUUCGCCAAUGUAACCAUUCUUCGUUAUUACUGUUAGAAACUGGAUGAUGACUUUGGAGCACAGUCUAGUAAGAACCUGGUGUUUGCAUCUCUUUGGCAUCAUUGAUGUUCUUGAGAGCAUCAGCCAGGACAUUCACAUGCACCAAUAUGGCGGCCCAGAAGGGUGACAGGAAGAGGACAGGAGGGGUGAGGACAUGGUGUUAUGGGAAGUGGGCAGGCUGUCUGAGGACUUAGAGGAUGAAGUGGAGGUGGGAGGGGGCAAAACAUUACAUGAGGAGAAUAGUAAGGAGGCUGUUGCAUUCAUCCAGGUGAGACAUCAUCACUAGGUGGACACAGCAGGAGAUUCUGGACUGGAUAGUGACAAAGGAGAAGCAGAGAGGUAUAGAGGUUGGAGCUGCUUUUAGUAGUUUACAUGAGCAGGAACCAAUGAUGCCACACAUAACACUUACAGGGAAUAAAAAUAUCAAGAGAAAACCCAAGUUUCUCUACAAGGGAGGAGUGGUGAUGGGUGGUGAGGAAGAAGAGCAGGGAGUGUUAAGUAUGACUUUCAGGUUUAGGACCUGAGGAACUGGGUGGUUGGGAGUGACAUUUACUGAGCUGGGGAAGUGUGGGAAAGGAACAGGAUUGGUGUGCAGGGAUCAAGGAUCCUGGAUCCUGGUGUGCAGGAUCAAGGGAUCCUGGUGUGGAUAUUGUUAAAUGUGCAUUGCUACGAGACAUCCCAGUGUCAACCCUAAGAAGGUAGUUUUGUGUCUGUGUUGUAGAUAAUUGGGGAGACAUAGAUGUGUAUGGAACCAAGCCAAUGUAAUAGAUGAGGUUACCCAGGCAGAAAUUAUAGUGUGAGAAGAGAAGAGGGCUCAGAAAUCAGUCCAUUUAGGGGUAGGAUAGAACAGGAGGUGUUGGCAGAAGACUGAGAAAGACUUUAUAGUGAAAUAGGAAGAAAAUCAGGCCAGUGUUGUACACAGAAUCCAGAAGAAGAUGAUGUUUUAAAAGGGAGAGAGGGGGCUUUCCUGGUGGCGCAGUGGUUUAAGAAUCCGCCUACCA